UCCCUCAACAUCAUUCAUGGUGAUUUCAACCUCCUGGAGUGUGAAAACAUUUUCUGUUCUUUAAGGCUGUAGUUGAUCUGCUUUCCUGACGCCUCCAGAACCCCUUCUUCAUGUUGUUAUUAUUCAUACAAAAAGCGAUGAAGCUAUUUUUUCCAAGUCACAUGAGCCAGGAUGCAGGGGGAUCCUAUCAGGAACAGAGAAACAAGAUCAAAGGGGAUCAAAUGAAGAUAUGGGGUGAAACCCUGAGGACUUUAUAAAGAGAUGAGCUUCAAGGCACAGCAAAUGUCUUUUUUGCCAGUGGAUGGUCCUCCGGGAGUAGCCAAAGACAUGACUGAUGAAAACCUCACCAGGAAGAUCAGAACUCCUGCUCAAACCUACAGCAAUUUUGUCAUUGUUUUUCUUGCCGUCUGUCUUCUUGUGGCAUUAGGAGCCAUUGUGGUCUUAGUAUUGCAAAAUAUGGGGUCCUGUCCACAGCAUGAAGGACACCGUAACCUACAGAAUAAUGAAGCUGCCACCGGGUCUUCGCAAAUUAUGCCGCCUCAGAAGGCUGCUGCAUAUCUUCAAGUAUUAAAACCAAUCAACCAGUCACAACUGAGAUGGAUCGAAAAUGGCGUUCUCUACAACAUGAAGUAUGACAAUGGGAACCUUGUGAUCCAGCAGCCUGGAUUGUAUUUCAUCUAUUGCCAUUUACACUUUUUCAUCACCAGCUGCCCAAACAAGACAUCGGACCUAAAGCUAGACAUUUAUGUGAAUGGGAAAACUAUGAAACAAACUCUGUUCACACUAUGCGGCUGUGAGAAGACAUCUGAGAGGACAUACCAUGACCUCUUCCAGGUACUGCUGAUAGAGCUGGAGAAGGGACAUCAGAUAGCAGUGUAUGUCCAAGGGUUUGAAUAUGUGGAGACAGAUGGUUCUCCCUCAAGCAAUGUUUUAGGAGCCUUCAAGUACAGUGGUGAAGAUUGGGGAUAUUCUUUGUUCAGGACAGUGGGUCAAAACGGUCUUUAGCUAAACAAUGACAGCAUACAACGGUGAAGACUGGAGAUAUCCCUUGUUCAGGACAGUAUUUCAAAAUGGUCUUCAGCUAAACAGUAACCAACAACUUGUCUUUUAGGUGUACCACAUCCAGCCCCGCUUGAAAGGGAUCACAGAAUACUCAGUUCUCAUUUAUGCUGAAGUUGUUUCAGUUGCCAUUAUUUUUACAGAGUAAAGCAUCUCAGAUCAAAGGUACUGUUCUAGAUUGAGGGCGGGGGGGGGGGGAGAUUC